AUGAAUACCGAACCUUCGUCGGUCAAGAUCUCCUACAAGUCGGCCGAGAUCCAUCCGCCGCUCUUCAUAGCUGGCUCAUACUCGAGCCCGCCAUGGACGCCCCAGGAAAUGGAACACUCAAAGACGGAAAAUGGGGAGCAGAUUUUCACCAAGACCAUCAAGGGAUCCCCAGGCACCAUAGUCGAGUACAAAUUCAGAGUUGGCACCGGUGAUUGCGCUCACGUCGAGAGACCACCCACACCGCCACCCGACUCUCCCCCGCCCCACGUUCUUGGCUGGGAUAGGAUCGAGAUCGGCCCCAGUUUAGGCCACGAGAAUCUCGCAAGCGCCGACGAUGGUCGUAGCAGCACUGCCCCCAUGUUUGCCUAUGAACUCGCAGCCGAGAAUGACACUGUCCUGAGCGAGAAGGCACUCUCACAUGUGUCCGCAUCGGAGGAAGCCAUCGACGAGGCCUUUGACCCGAAUGACCCAACUCUGGAAAGAUUCCCGUCGAACCGGGAUGAGAUUCUCGAGAAAGUCCGGACGAUUGAGACUGGUCUGAACGAAGACCGGACCUCGUUCGACGGCAUCCCGCUGUCGCCCGUGGUCGGUCCCGGACGGAGACAUAGCAACGAGCCCGUUGUUGAUAUGCUGCCGACCGACUCGGGCGCAGACCGGUCAGAAGUCCGUCUGGAGUCCCACACAGUUUCGCGUAGCAGAGACUCCCUUCGACCGUCGAUCUCUGGUGCGUCGCUGCACUGCAUCGUCGAGGAAUCUGCAGUCGAGGAGUCUGUCGGGGAGUUUGCAGUCGAGGAAGCUACAGUCGAGGAAGCUGCAGUGGAGAUAUCUGCAGUCGAGCUCUCUGCAGUUGAGUUACCUGCAGUCGAGUUAUCUGCAGCCGAGAUUUCUGCGGUCGAGAUAUCUGCAGUCGAGUUACCCGCAGUCGAUGUUUAUGCGGUCGAGAAACAGACAGGCGACGACGAACAGGUUCCGAGCCGUCCGCAGAGUGCUGGGAAUGACGCAGCCGUGCCCGAACCGGACACACACCUUUCUGCGGGCAUUGAGGCGUCGGAUCCAAGCGAGGCAGAUAUUGAUGUGGCCGAGGAACCCGAGCUCGCUGGAUCUGAACAAGAUCAGGACUCCGAACAGCGGGAGACCACUCCUAGAGCCUUGGAAGCAGUCGAGGCCGCAGUGGUACCCGCUGAUGUUCCGGGCGUCGAAGACGGAGAGGCUACAGAUGAAGCACAGCUUUCGAGUCCUGUUUCUACGGGCAUCAAGGUGACUGGGAAUGAUAAUUGGCUUGCGUCUUUCUUUAGACUGGUUUUUGUGGACUGGAUCGGUGCGUUUUUUGCCAGGCUAUUCAACUGGCGGCGGGCAUGA